CCUCUUCUUUCUUCUUUGCGGUGCCGCCCGUGCUGCCCAAACUAGUUCUCGUCGUCGAUCACCGGUUUCUUAUCUCCGGCCACCCUAUCUAUCUCUCUUAUCUCUUUAUCUCUCAAAAACAAAAAAACUGAAAAAACCCAAAACCAAAAGAGCAAUCAUUUAUCAUAUAGGCGUCUUCUCUCUUCACUUGAUAGGUUUUCCGAAGAGAAAUUAGGGUUUUGGGGUUUGUUUGUUCCUCUGUCUGUUUUUUCUUGUCAUCGUCGUUGGUGCGAGUCUUUAUCCUUUCGUGGGGGUUUUCUUAUCGCGUUGAAGAUGGCACAGGUACAGGUACAGCCACAGGCUCCUUCAGUUGUCGCUGCUGCAAAUGGGGUGCCCACCAGCAAUGGAAUGAACCAGUUCAUGUCCACUUCGCUGUACGUUGGGGAUCUUGAGGUCAAUGUGACCGAUUCUCAGCUCUACGAUUUCUUCAAUCAGGUUGGACAGGUCGUGUCGGUUCGGGUCUGCCGGGAUUUGACUACCCGGAGGUCCCUUGGCUACGGUUAUGUCAAUUAUAGCAAUACCCAUGAUGCGGCACGGGCAUUAGAUCUUCUAAAUUUUACCCCUCUACAUGGGAAGCCAAUCAGGAUAAUGUAUUCUUAUCGUGACCCUACUAUUCGUAAAAGUGGGGCCGGAAACAUAUUUAUCAAGAACUUGGACAAAGCAAUUGAUAACAAGGCACUACAUGACACAUUUUCUACAUUUGGGAAUAUUUUGUCUUGCAAAGUAGCUACUGACCCUUCGGGUCAGUCUAAAGGUUAUGGCUUUGUGCAAUUUGAUAAUGAGGAGUCUGCUAAAAAUGCAAUUGAUAAGCUGAAUGGAAUGUUACUGAAUGAGAAGCAGGUUUUUGUUGGACCAUUUCUUCGUAAGCAGGAAAGAGAAUCUGCUAGUGAUAAGGUAAAAUUUAACAAUGUAUAUGUGAAGAAUCUGUCAGAAUCAACCACUGAUGAAGACUUGAACAAAAUUUUUGGAGAAUAUGGAACUAUUACUAGUGCUGUAGUUAUGAGAGAUGGAGAUGGGAAGUCCAAAUGCUUUGGGUUUGUCAACUUUGAGAACCCCGAAGAUGCUGCUCAAGCUGUCGAGGCUCUCAAUGGGAAGAAGAUUGAUGAUAAAGAGUGGUAUGUUGGAAAAGCACAGAAGAAAUCAGAAAGGGAGCUUGAACUGAAAGGGCGGUUUGAGCAGACUUCAAAGGAGGCUGUGGAAAAAUUUGAAGGAUUGAACUUAUAUGUUAAAAACCUAGAUGAUAGCAUCACUGACGAUAAGUUAAGAGAAUUGUUCACGGAAUUCGGUACAAUUACUUCAUGCAAGGUUAUGCGUGAUCCCAAUGGUGUUAGUAAAGGAUCAGGGUUUGUUGCCUUCUCAACUGCUGAAGAGGCAUCUCGGGCUUUGGCAGAGAUGAAUGGUAGAAUGGUAGCUAGCAAACCACUUUAUGUUGCUCUUGCUCAAAGGAAAGAAGAAAGAAGAGCUAGGUUGCAGGCUCAAUUUUCACAAAUUCGACCUUCUGGAAUGGCACCUCCAGUAGGCCCUCGUAUGCCAAUAUAUCCCCCUGCUGCUCCUGGUCUUGGACAGCAACUAUUCUAUGGCCAAGGCCCUCCAGCUAUUCUUCCUCCACAGCCUGGAUUUGGGUAUCAGCAGCAACUGGUUCCUGGAAUGAGGCCGAACUUUUUUGUACCAAUGGUCCAGCCAGGUCAGCAGAACCAGCGGACAGGAGGUAGGCGGUCAGGUGCUGGGCCUGUCCAGCAAUCACAGCAGCCAAUGCCUCUAAUGCAGCCACAGAUGCUUCCUCGAGGAGGACGUGUCUAUCAUUAUCCUCCUGGUCGAAACAUGCCUGAUGGUCCUGUUGCUGGUGUACCUGGAGGCAUGCUUCCUAUUCCUUAUGAUAUGGGUGGAAUGCCUUUCAGAGAUGCUGCAUUCUCACAGCCUAUGACAACUGGGGCUUUGGCUACGGCCCUUGCCAAUGCACCACUUGACCAACAGAGAACUCUACUGGGAGAAAACUUAUAUCCGCUUGUGGACCAGUUGGAGCAUGAAAAUGCUGCAAAGGUGACUGGCAUGCUUCUAGAGAUGGACCAAACAGAAGUACUGCACCUGCUGGAAUCACCAGAAGCCUUGAAAGCAAAAGUUGCAGAAGCGAUGGAGGUAUUGAGAAAUGUUGCUCAGCAGCAACAGCAGGUUAAUAGCCCAACUGAUGGAAUGGCCUCACUCUCGCUGAAUGAUAAGGUAGUUUCUUGAGUUAAAUUAGGUUAUUAUGGAACUUUAGCUGUUGUGCGUUUGCAGGCAUACUUUUUGGACAGAUUGGAUUUAUGGGUCUUUUUUAUUUAGCUUUGGAGAGAUUGAAUUUA